AUAACAAUCCAAACUUGUCAAACUUGAACACAGUCAUCCAUGGGACUCUGCCAGUCUCUCGAAUUCUGCUUGAAAAGAACCCGCUCUUAUGACAUCCCAAUCGCUUCCUCAACCGAGUCUUCUCCUCCAUUGCCCAAAACUCCAUCAUCCCACAUUGGGACCAUUUUUCAGAAACCAUACGUCGAUGUCACCACCGAUUACGAUCUCGACAAAGAGUUGGGGAGAGGUCAAUUUGGCAUCACUUAUCUCUGCACCGAGAAGGCGACGGGUCGAAAAUACGCCUGCAAGUCUAUUUCGACUAGUAAACUAACCACUGAAAAGGACAGGGCGGAUGUUAGACGAGAGGUUUCGAUACUGCAGCACCUGACGGGCCAACCAAAUAUCGUGGAAUUUAAAGGUGCUUACGAAGAUAGGAAGAAUGUGCAUUUGGUGAUGGAACUGUGUUCGGGUGGGGAGCUUUUCGAUCGGAUCAUAGCUAAAGGGAGUUAUUCGGAACGUCAAGCGGCUUGUGUUUUCAGGCAGAUUGUGAAUGUGGUGCAUGCAUGUCAUUUUAUGGGGGUUAUGCAUAGGGACUUGAAGCCUGAAAAUUUCUUGCUGGUUAGCAAGGAUGAGAAUUCUCCCAUAAAGGCCACGGAUUUCGGACUCUCUGUCUUCAUUGAGGAAGGCAGAAUGUAUAGGGACCUUGUUGGGAGUGCUUAUUACGUUGCACCAGAGGUUUUAAACCGGAGAUAUGGCAAGGAGAUUGACGUGUGGAGCGCUGGUGUCAUUUUAUACAUUCUUCUUAGCGGAGUGCCUCCAUUUUACGGAGAGACUGAGAAAGAAAUCUUCAAAGCAGUUUUAGAAGGUAAUCUUGACUUAAAAAGCCAACCAUGGUCAUCUAUAUCUGAAGGCGCAAAGGACCUCAUCAGGAAGAUGCUAGCCAGGGACCCUAAGCAACGGAUUACAGCUGCUGAAGCCCUAGAACAUCCGUGGAUGAAAGAGGGCGGGGAUGCAUCCGACAAACCAAUCGAUAGUGCUGUUCUUAGUAGGUUGAAGCAGUUCAGAGUAAUGAACAAGCUCAAGAAACUUGCCUUAAAGGUGAUAGCUGAAAACCUAUCAUCAGAAGAAGAGAUCAAGGGCUUGAAACAGAUGUUCAAAAACAUCGACACUGAUGAAAGUGGUACAAUAACACUAGAAGAACUCAGAAAUGGAUUAGCUCGAUUGGGAUCAAAGUUAACUGAACCAGAAAUAAAGCAGCUUAUGGACGCUGCUGAUGUGGACAACAGUGGAACCAUUGAUUACCUAGAAUUCAUAACUGCAACAAUGCAUCGACAUAGGCUUGAGAGGGAAGAAAACAUAGUCGAGGCUUUUAAGUUCUUUGACAAGGAUAACAGUGGGUAUAUCACAAGAGAUGAACUAAGACAAGCUAUGACGCAGUAUGGAAUGGGAGACGAGGCUACCAUAGAUGAAGUCAUUGAGGAUGUUGAUACUGAUAAGGAUGGGAGGAUCAAUUAUGAGGAAUUCGUAGCCAUGAUGAAAAGAGGAACUCAAGACAGAUGAACAACUAACUCGAAAGGGGCUUUCUUUAGUUGCAAGCUAAACAAUAUUUCCCAUCUGCGGUUGUGAUUUGUGAAUAAACUCAUUGUUCAAUGCUGAUACUAAACGCUUCAAUUCUGGAUAUGGAGGCCCAAAUUCAUAUGAAUAAUACAUAAUCGAGCAAGGCUAAUGCA